GGGCUGGGCCAGGCCGGGAGGGGGCGAGGCCGGGCCGGGGGCAGGCGGCGGGGCCGGAUGGCGGCGGCGGGUGCGGGAGCGGCGGCGGCGGCGGCGGCAGCGGCGGCCUACGGCAGCCUGGAGCUGCAUAUCACACCAGAGAAAUUCUACGUGGAAGCCUGUGAUGAUGGAGCAGAUGAUGUGCUGGCUAUCGAUAGAGUCUCCACAGAAGUUACUCUUACAGUUAAAAAAGAUGUCCCCCCUUCAGCUGUUACAAGGCCUAUAUUUGGUAUUUUGGGAACAAUACGGUUGGUGGCAGGCACAUACCUUAUUGUAAUAACAAAAAAGAAAAAAGUAGGUGAGAUUUUCAGUCACGCAAUUUGGAAAGCAACAGACUUUGACAUCCUCUCCUACAAAAAGACCAUGCUGCACUUAACUGAUAUUCAGUUACAGGACAAUAAAGUAUUUUUGUCAAUGCUUAGUCAUGUUUUGAGUGUGGAUGGAUUUUAUUUCUCAACAACUUAUGAUUUAACACAUACUCUGCAACGGUUAGCCAACACCAGCCCAGAGUUCCAGGAAAUGAGCCUAUUGGAGAGGGCAGAUCCACGUUUUGUAUGGAAUGGGCAUCUUCUCCGAGAAUUUGCUGCUCAACCAGAGAUCCAUCGGUUUGCUACGCCAGUGAUGCAUGGAUUUAUCACUAUGCACUCUUGUUCUAUUAACGGCAAGUGUUUUGACUGGCUGCUUGUUUCCAGAAGAAGCUGUUUCAGGGCUGGUGUACGCUACUAUGUAAGAGGUAUUGAUUCAGAAGGACAUGCAGCUAACUUUGUUGAAACAGAACAAAUUGUGCAUUACAGGGGGAGCAAAGCAUCAUUUGUUCAGACUCGUGGAUCAAUUCCUUUUUUCUGGUCUCAAAGACCAAACCUCAAGUAUAAACCAAAGCCACAGAUCAGCAAGUCAGUAAAUCAUAUGGACGGCUUCCAAAGACAUUUUGACUCACAAAUAAUCAGCUAUGGAAAGCAAAUGAUUGUUAACUUGGUUAACCAAAAGGGUUCUGAGAAGCCUCUUGAGCAGACGUUUGCAAACAUGGUGAACAGCAUGGCAAAUGGAAUGGUCAAAUACAUAGCAUUUGACUUCCAUAAAGAGUGCAGUCGGAUGAGAUGGGAUCGACUUCAGAUUUUGAUGGAUCAACUAGCAGAACAGCAAGAUGAGUUUAGUUAUUUUCUAGUUGAUUCCGAUGGUAAAAUCGUGACUCAGCAGGAAGGAAUAUUCCGCAGUAAUUGUAUGGACUGCCUUGAUCGAACAAAUGUGAUUCAGAGCUUGUUAGCACGCCGAUCUCUUCAAGCCCAGCUUCAGAGGCUAGGUGUUUUGCAUGUUGGACAGAGAAUUGAGGAGCAGGCUGACUUUGAGAAAAUCUACAAAAAUGCAUGGGCUGAUAAUGCUAAUGCUUGUGCCAAACAAUAUGCUGGAACUGGUGCCUUAAAGACAGAUUAUACAAGAACUGGAAAGAGGACUCAGUGGGGCUUAAUAAUGGAUGGCUGGAACUCAUUAAUACGUUACUACAAAAAUAACUUUUCUGAUGGAUUUAGACAAGAUGCUAUUGAUCUCUUUCUUGGAAAUUACUCAGUGGAUGAAGUAGAACCUGCGAGUCCUCUACACGUCAAGAAAGACUGGAAGUUCUUAGCUUUGCCUAUUAUUAUGGUGGUUGCUUUCUCCAUGUGCAUUAUUUGUUUGCUAAUGGCUGGUGAUACAUGGACUGAGACACUCGCCUAUGUGCUUUUCUGGGGAAGUGCAAGCUUUGGAACCUUCGCUAUCAUCCUUUACAAUGGCAAGGAUUUUGUAGAUGCACCCAAGUUGGUCCAGAAAGAGAAGAUGGACUGAAUUUGUGUGUGUGGAAAGCGGCUUGGUACUGAGGAUUCCUCAAGCCACACCUGGAGUCUCUACUGACCUGCUUUCCACACCAAACUGUGAUCUAAUGAACAUUCUUCCUUGGCAGCCUUGUGGGGAGAGAAAAUAGUGUCCUUUGGUGGUAGCUUUCAACUGAGAUCUGACUCGGCGAUCUUAGUUGCAAUGGUUUUUGGAAUAUUGCAUUUGUGGAGGGGGCUCCACUCAGUUUACUGAGAUGAUUCAAAGAUUCCAGACACCAAAAAGCUGGCUUUAAUGUUAUAGGGUGUAAGUGGACUGCUUUAGCUCAUGGUCCAAGUGUGCAAUUUCAGCUGAAUUUUGUUCUGUUCUGGCUUGACAGGAGGGAGCUCCGAUGCUGUUCAUAUCUCAAAAUACCGAGGUGUUGAAGCACUAAUAACGGAGCUUCUUUGAACAAAUAAGGCUUCAUAAGAACAGAAAGUCGUGUUCCAAGACUUGUAGCUGGAUUACAUUUGCUGUGAUAAAGUCAAUGUUAACAAGUCCUUUGUGCAUUUGUGUGUGUUGUUUCUUUUCCCCACCAAAUUAAAGGAUCUGUUGAAUCCUAAUGCUCUUCCAAAAUGAGCUUUUUGUCCUGUGUUAUCUGGGACUGAUGCAAUAUUCUACUAAUCAUUGUUUGGGUGAAAGGGCAGUGUAAUUGGAUGUUCCUGAAGUUGCAAAUGUCUUGCACUGUUUCAGUACUACAGCCUCCAGAUGAUGAUUCAUUAGUUAGCACAUUAAAGAUUUUUUUCUAAAUAUGUAAAUGAAAUCAAAGAAUGUAAAAUCCUUUUUGGUGUUUAUUGAAUCCUCCUUAUGCUAAAGGUCCAAAGUAUUCCACUACUUUCAGAACAGUCACAAUGUAAAAGGUGAACUUCAUAUUGUUUUGCUAGUCAGCUGCUUCUAUACUUUAUGUUGAAAUAAUUUACGAAAAAAGGAGUAAGAAUCUGAGGAGAAAGUGUCAGCCUAACACCAUGGUUGCACUUGGGAGCAGCAGCUUGCUUUUUGUGCAUGAUGAUAUAACACUUAAAGUUUAAAAAAGCUACACUAUAAUUUGUGUUGGUUAACAAUAAAUGUGUGUCUUUAAAUUUAGUGCUUCCAAGCUGUAAAAAAAAAAAAAGUAAUCCUAAUCAAGGACCAAUUUUAAACUAUUUUGUCACUUAUUUUAUAUGGUUUGUUUGAAACCAGAGAUGAAACUUGCUUAAGGCGCUGUGCAUUGUUUAAUAUUUCCUGUAAGUACAGCUGUAUAUUCAGAUUGCGAUUAUAAAAUUUAAAUGGGGGAAGGGAGAAAUAUGUAGAAUAUUAGAACUAGCACAGUUGUCAUUGAAGCUAGAACAUAAGACACUGAUAAUCCAGUGUUUCACUGUGUUAUGACUGAAAAUAUGUACAGAUUUUUGCAAUUGUUAACUGUUCAUUUUAAUCUUGAAUGUUUCUGGAGGCUUCUCUGGGUUUUGUGUAAACAUAACCUGCUCAUAAACACUAGUACUUGCGAAGUAUCUGUUAGCUUCUAGAUGCUGUAAUGGAAGUACCAGUUGGUGGUUAACUGGAAAAUCCUUUAACUUAACAGUUUUGAACAUGAACUCUGUAACAGACACGAAGUACAAAAUAUCGUAAUCUCACUAUUUAAUGGUUUUUAUGGCUCACAGGCAGGUGCCAUUUAGAACUUGGUUGUCUUGCAGGCUAGAACUGAACCUUUGCAUCCCUGGUGGAAAAACUUGUCGUGGCAAAGACCAAACGUGAUUAAAUGGAUCGAAAACACAGACUAACAUAGGUUUUUGAAGUUGGAAGGCAUCUGUAUUUCAGUGCUUUGCACAGUCUGUAUUUCUAGAAUCACAAACGGUGUACUCCUAAAGGACAAUAAAAUGCCCAACUUUUCUA